AAAAAAAGAAAAAAAUCUAUCGAAUUCAGGAGAACAAAUUUUCAAAUUUAAGGUGUUUAAAUUCCCAGUGCUAAAAAAACUUCAUAAUAAAAAAAACGGAAGCAUAAAAAAGUAAACAACAUGAUUAAUUGUCGCUGCCAGUGUCACGCAAUCCGCUGCGUGCCUCCGUUCUCGUACCGGCUGUCCCAACGCUGCACCCGACCCGUGUGCCCUCCGCGAAUCCCAAUUUAUCGCCGCCAGCCGCCCUGCCGCUCGCUGUUCCGAAAAUUUUUCCUCCGGGGUGACAUUCCCAUAUCUCGUUACUUCGGCCCGAACGCGUCCAAGCAGUUCAUCAAGUGGCACGUCCCGGCGGAGAACUUGGAUUACCAGCGCUACCUGCCGCUGUUCUUCGACGGCCUCUGCGAGCGGACCUUUCCCUAUCGAGAGUUCGCCCGGAAUGGGGCACGUGACAUGAUUGCAGUGGCCAAAGAAAAACAGCUGCUGUGCUGCUUACCGAUGCUGAUACUGCCGGCGAAACGAGCCCUGCAUACGAAGGAUCCGGACGUUAUAAUUGCAACGUUAAGAGUCCUCCAGCAGCUGGUGCAAGCGGGUCCCCGAAUCGGUCAGUGUCUGGUUCCGUACUACCGCCAGCUGUUACCCAUGCUGAAUCUGUUUUGCACGGUCAACGUGAAUCUGGGCGAUAAGAUCGACUUCCAGGGGGGCCACCGGUUGGGGGAUGUGAUCUGUGAAACGUUAGCCACGUUGGAGCGCACCGGCGGCAAAGAUGCCUAUUUGAACAUCAAGUAUAUGGUUCCAACGUACGAGAGCUGUGUGCUGAAUAAAUGAACCCAUCUGCGAAAAAGAGGUUCUGCUUCGUGGAUGGACAUGUCGGCGCACUCCCAUCGGGGCCCGAUAUACCCAACCGCAGAAAUUCAUCAUCAAAUGAUGUGGAACGCUGUAUAUUUCAGGUGGCAUUCGUCGUUCCGCCAUAUUGAGAGGCCAGAUUGAGUCCGUGUUCGUGGAAAAUGGGUACGAAAACAACUCCAACUUUGGUACAGUCUUAAUUUGGAUGGAUUACAGCUUUGAACAUAAUAAUACACUUCAGGAUCUGAAUUAUUCAGCGGUGAGACAUUCAAAAUUUUGGGCAAUGCUGAAGCAAACCGCUACUGCUUAAAAUGUUUGAUCACAUAGAGAAAUAAAACGGAUACGCCCAAUGUUUCGUUGUAACUGG